AUGUCCCGUCAUCGACACCACAGGGUUCCUAGCGGCGGUUAUAGCCCCUCGCGGGACCCAAGUACAACGACAUCCGCGGAGCUGAGGGCCUUGCGGGCCUUUCGCGAUGCAGACAGCACCUUUGCGCCGACGUUGAUCGAUUAUAAGCAAACAAUUCAAGGCCAGGAUGGCCCUCUGCCCGGCGGGUACUACACCUUCACUGUCAUGACCAAGAUGCCUGGGGCGUCGUUGCAUGACCUGCAUUUCUGGGGACUGCCGGCCGAGGAAAGGGAGGAGAUUGUGCAAAAGUUCCUGGUCGCGCUGCGGUAA